AUGAUAGGUACUGAAGAAGGAAAUACUGAUUACAUGUUCAACAAAAUUCAGAUUACCAGAAAAGAAUUUAUACUCAAUGCUCAUAAUGACUUGCAGUUAGCAAACCUGGAAACAAGAAGUAGAAAGAAAUUGGCCAAGUAAAAAAAGGAACAAUGCAAGAAAAUACAUAGCAAUUUGACCUGA